AUGGAUGUAGCUUACGACCACAUCCAGGAGGAGAGCCUCGCUUCCUCCGGCAACCCCCAUGACUCCGAUAGCCCCGGCGAGUCAUCGUCCUCCUCUGGCCAGCGGCAAGACUUGACCAGCGAAUUACAAGACUCUCUUCGUCUGAUAUCAGCCCAACCAUGGGGUGCCCGUCUUGGUGGGCUGUGGAGCAAUGUACGGAAGCAGUCAGAGACUUAUUACGAGGGUGCUCGCCAGGAGUACACCGCAGCGAGUGAGGAAGCCAUCAGGGGAUUCACCGGCCUGAGGGCUACCCUAAUUGACCGAACGAGAGGCCUUUCGAUUAGCGGAUUAAACACGAAUGAUGAAACGGACGAAGCGGUAGGAGAUAGAGGCGAGCCGUCAACGGCCGAUGAUGCGGCAACGAUAAAACCGAGUGAUAAAGCAGGUACUGGCAGCGAUAGUGCAGAGGCAGAAGGCGAAGGAUUCAUUUCACGGUUCCGUUCAGAAGCGGCCAAACGACUAAAGGAUCUCGAGAAGGCUGAGGAUGCAGCAGAUGAAGCUCUACUCAAGUUUGGCACGAAUAUUCGGAACUUCCUACGUGAGGCCGUCAGCAUUGCCCCGCCUAGUUCAACAGACGAGAAAACGGAUGGAAAAGUACUUUUUGAGAGCAGAGACUCGGAUGGUAAGAGGGUUAUACAUACUACCCGAUUUGAGGCUCAGCUUCAUGCCAUCCACUCUAGCUUAGAAGGGUUCUCAGAGGACCCCGCCAGUAAGGAGUGGGACAUGUUCAAGGAUAACUUCGAAGUCGAGAAGAAGACAGAGAACAUUGCAACAGAUCUAGAGAAAUACCCUGAGCUUCGUAAGGCUAUGGAGGCACUCGUCCCGGAGAAAGUCGAAUACAGUGACUUCUGGCGUCGAUACUAUUUCCUACGACUUAAAAAAGCAUCUACGGACGAAGAUGAAGAAGUUGCAUGGGACGAAGAUUCCGACUCCGACUCCCCUGCCACUCCACAAGCUGCAUCUCCUUCGAAACCAUCUAGCAAAGUUACAACGGGCAGUACACAAAGCAACGAACAUCUACAACCCGAAGAUCCGCGCCGUUCGAAUGACCUCCAAUCUCAAGCUGGGAGCGAUGCAAGCUACGAUCUUGUUAGCGGUGCCACAAGCCAUUCUCCUAGUAGCCCGAAGGAGAAACUAUCCAGCGCACCAGCCAAGGACGAUGAUAGUGAUGAAGAAGACUGGGAGUGA